AUUUGUCAAGUCCGAGCACCGGAGGAUGACCAGAGCAAACAGCAGGUGAACAGAUUUGGCUAUUUUUUACUUUUUGUAAAAAUGCUUCGGUAAUACAAAUAAAACAACAAGAGCGAAGAACCAUCAUUUGGAAGUAUAAUUGAACUUUGACACAUUGAUUCGCUUACAUAGGCAAGUGACUUCACUUUCACCAUUAAUUUGGAAGCUUGACGAACGUAUAAUUAUUGUUGGAUUUUGCAAUACAAAAUAAUGGCUACAAAACGUCGGCCAUUGCGUGCGAACAUGCCCGGUCCGAGCUCCACCAAUAUGAAUUUCAGACCGGGCGGUCCAGAUGUUAAAAGAUCGGACGCUAAAGGUACCCGACCUACAGCCCCACCAAGCAGCGUUAGGGAGAUACUUAUUAUGAUGAUUAUGCACGCAUGCAAAAAGACAAUUUUCUUUGAUACAAAUCUAAAGGUGGCGCUAUAUCUGGGUAGUUUGUUCCUGGUGUCGCUGAUUGGCGAUUUUAUACCAUUUCCGAAAACGUAUUUCGCACGUUCGGAUAAUUUAUUCAACGUUUAUUUUGUGAAAGUUGGUUGGGGUUGGACUUUAAUGCUAACCGUGCCAUUUCUUGCCAUGACAUCGUACACAUUGUGCUGUGGUGAUAUGAAAAAGAUGCUGCGACACCACGUUCCUCGAAUAGCUAUCGCUACUUUCUUUUGGCUAUUCUGGACUAAAAUGUUCAAUGUAAUUGAGACUUCAUAUGGCCGUUGCACAGUUAAAGGGUUUGGAACGAAAUCAACUUGUCUGAAAGCGGGCCAUCUAUGGAACGGCUUUGAUAUCUCAGGUCAUGCAUUUAUUUUAAUACACUCGAGCCUAGUUUUAAUAGAGGAAGCUCGCCCUAUCAUUAAGUGGGAGUCUAUUAAAGAUUAUCUUCGCAAUGAAAUGCAUGAUCGUAGUGUGUCGGAACAUUCAAGCACAAACCCAUUGAGAAAUCUCUCUGAAGAGCAAAUCCGCAACCUUAACUUUCUUUACGAACGAUUAACACCUGUCAUACGGACUUUGUUUAUUGGCAUGGCAACGCUGCAGUUAUUAUGGGACGUAAUGCUAGUUGGUACCAUGCUUUAUUAUCAUCACAUGGUAGAAAAAGUAAUCAGCGGUAUAAUUGCCAUACUUACCUGGUACUUUACCUAUCGCUUUUGGUAUCGUACGGAUUUGUUACCAGAUCCCGCUGGUAGUGGAUCAUUUUUUUACCAACGAGAAAACAGAGAUUCUUUUAUUUAUGUGCGACGUCCGACGAUGAUGACAACGGCUGGACCUUCCACCAGCAGCGGUAGCCGAGGUAAUACGACUGGUGGGACCACCGGACUGGCAGCACAACCUACAUUUAUGGGUAUGCCAUUAUAUACUAAUACGCGGACAUCAAAUGCAGCUAGCACCAAUAGCCAAGUCGGUGCAAACAACCAAAGCGUGGACAUAAACAUUUAGCGACGCACUUAGAUUGUUAAAAGUUAGAUUUGUUUGUAAAAUAAUUAUUUUUGUUCGUCUUUGUUGUUUAGGAUUAAGAUAAAAAAUGUGCGGUAAAAAUGGUGAACAUGGAGGCUUACUAGAAAGGUAACGGCGAAGCUGUUGUACUCAUUAGUGCUAAAUUAUAUAUGUAUAUUUUUAAAUUGAAUGUAGUGAAACCUAUCCUACAUUACAAACAAGAAAUUACUUCUAUUUUUCUACGCUUAAAUUGGUUACCAAUAUAAACUUACAA